GUAGGGCCCACUCGAGGUGGUACCGCCACCCAACCAUACACGAAGGAGGAGGAGGAGAAGAUGGUCGCCAUCCUGCAGGAGAGGAAGGAGAAGAAGGAGGCCAAGAAGAAGGCCUUGAAAGAGGAACACGCGGCCAAACUAAAGAAGAUGGAAGAAGAGAUGGCCAGGGAGAAAGAGAGGUUGAAAAAGGAAGAAGAAGAGAAGCUGAAGGAGGUGGAUGAAGAAGAGGAAGGACCGCCACUGCAAAAGAGUGGGCAGCACAGCGGCAGCAGCAGUGAUGAGAUGGAGAAGAAGAUUUCGGAGUGGGUCGCCAACUUAUCCCUGGGUGAGGAGAAAGAGGUUGCUAUGUACAUCCCCAAGGAUGAGCAAGAAACCGCCAUGAAGAAAUGGGAAGCAGAAGAAGAUGUUCUGACGCGGCGGGCGAUGGAGGAUGAACAGAGGAUGGCGUGGAAGCUCGCAGUGAUGAGGGAGAAGAAGAGAAGAGUGGAGGCGGCGAAUGCAGCAAUGCAAGAACUAGCGGAGGKGAGGACUGCCUUAACAACACAAUUGACUCCGCAAGUAGAUCUCCAACGCAAAGUGGAGAUCAUCGCCCAGAGCGUUGCCCGGUUAGUUAAAGUGCAAGAAAAGCACUAUGAGUUUAGUCACAGGCAGGAGAUAUCUGUGUGUUCGAUGCGAACAUUAAGGCCUAUGUGCACUUGCAACAGGUCUCCCCUCGCCUCGCAGGGAGCCAGUCAAAGUCAAAUUCCCUGAUUCGUACAGUGGGAAAAGGGAUGAGAACUUUGACAACUGGGAAGCUAACGUUAAGACCUAUGUGCACUUGCAACAGGUC